AUGUCUUUUGCUGAUUUGUAUGAUACAAAACCUUUACUAUCUUAUAAUAAUUAUACUGAUAAUUCGCUUGAACAUCAUGAAUAUUAUACUUUAGUACAACAAACAUCUCGUAAUAUUUUUACUAUUAAUUCAAAUACUUCAGCCAUAAAUCAGCUUCUUAAUGUUCUUGAGACGAAGAGAGAUAUGGAAAAUACUCGAAAUCAAUUACACAAAUUAACUGAAGAUACUCAUGAAAUUGUAAAGAUAACAAUGUCAUUCAUUAAGCAAUUAUCUAAGUAUGAAUUCCCUUUAGAUUCUCACAAUAAAUUUACACAACAAAAACUUUCAAAUGAUUUUUCUAAUGCUCUUAUAAAUUUCAAAAAAGCUCAAAGUGUCUCAGCAGAGCGUCAAAAAAAAUGUAUACAUGUUUCAGAAACAAUUAUUGAAGAUGGCGAACAAGAAAGAUCACCCCUUCUUCAAGAUCAAUCCAGAAUGCAGCUUGUUGAUGGUUCAGAAGUAGAGUUUAACGAAUUAUUGAUUUUAGAACGCGAAUCAGAGAUUUGUAAUAUAGAGUCUGGUAUUACAGAAUUAAACGAAAUCUUUCGAGACCUAGGUGCUAUUAUAUCAGAACAAGGAAUUAUGAUAGACAAUAUUGAAAAUAAUAUAAGCACAACAUUGUCUCAAGUAAUUCAUGCUGAUAAUGAGCUCAAAAACGCUGACAAAUACCAAAAAAAAACACGGAAUAGAUCAUGUUAUUUAUUGUUAAUUUUAAGCACUAUAGUUACCAUAGUGGUUUUAACGGAUAACUUAAUCCAUCAGACUUGCCUUUAA